GUCAUCCUCUACAGCGCCUGCGCCUGCAUUGGACUACAAUCCCACAAUGCUAAAGCGUUGGAGGUCCAUGGCGGAGAGCAAUGACUGAGGAGUUUGAUGAAGAGGUGGUCUUCGAGAAUUCUCCGCUGUUCCAAUACUUGCAGGAUUUAGGACACACAGAUUUUGAGACAUGUGCAGCUGUGUUCCAGGAGGCAGAACAAUGCACAGGAGAGGAGGGGCUCCACCAACAGGAUAUCCACACCACACCAAGACGAGGCCUUUUCUUGAAAUUGGCUGAUGCCAUUCUGAGGUUGAACCCCUUCCAGCAAGGCAAAGCAUCAGACAGCCCAGAGAUGCAGUUGGAUGUGGGAUUUCGGCAGUAUUCGCUGCAUACCAUCCUGGAACAGGAAGUGCUGCUACAGGAGGAUGUGGAGCUGAUUGAGCUUCUCGACCCCAGUAUCCUGUCCACAGGACACUCUGAGCAAGCGGAAAAUGGCGACACUUUAGGCCUGCACUUCAUAGCAAGUCUAAAUUUUUGGGACCUCUCUGUGCUGGCUGCCUUUAUCGGGGUCCUGAUCGCCCUGCACCUGCUCUGUGAUGAUGUGUCUUGGGUGGCCCUGGGGCCCGGCCUCCUCGCUUUCACCGCCUUUGUGUUUCUCAGGGGGCUGAGCCUGUGGAAGACCGCCAGGCUGCGGAUGACUAUGAGAAAGUGCAACGUCCAGCUGGAGGAGCUGACAGCCAACAGCCGGGCCUUCACCAGCCUGGUGAGGAAAGCACUGCGCCUCAUACAGGAAACAGAAGUCAUCUCCAGGGGGUUCACCCUUUUGCUUGACAGGGUCAGUGCUGCUUGUCCAUUUAAUAAAGCGGGGCGACACCGUAGCCAGCAGCUGAUUGGCCUUCGGAAAGCAGUGUACAAAGCCCUGAGAGCCACCUUCCGAGCCUCUCGGCUGGCCACCUGCCACAUGCUGAAGUCGUACCCCCUGAACUCGGAGAUAGACAAUGUGACGAACUAUGUAUCAGCGGUGCCCCUGAAGGAGUUGGGUUUAGGGUUGAGUGAGGAAGAGCUGUCAGACGAGCAGGCCCAGGAGCUCACCGACGACUACAGUCUCCCCGCACUCAAGGUACUUUUUCAGCUGUGGGUGGGGCAAAGUUCUGAGUUCUUCCGGAGGCUGGCUUUGCUCCUGUCCCCAGUGCACAUGCCCACAGACUCGGGUCUGAGCCCUGAGCAUCUGAUGCAUCAAGUAGUGACGGAGGUGACGGGGCCGCUGCACCGCACGCUGACCACAUGCCUAGAGGAACUGCGGCGCAGCUAUGAGUUCCACCGCUACUUCGAGACACAACACCAGCCGCAGGGAGGGGGAGAGAGCUCCAACAGGGCCAGGCAGAAGUGCAGGGAGCUCAACAGCCUGUACACUGCCGUGCGCAGCCUCCAGCUCCAUCUCAAAGCCCUGCUCAAUGAAGUGAUCAUUCUGGAGGAUGACCUGGAGAAGCUGAUGGUUUCCGGGGAGCCUCCAGAGAUGACUUGCGCAGUGUACCGGGAGCUGGAGCAGAAACUGAAGCUGAUCCAGCCACACAUGCAGGCCAGUUCAAGCUGCUGGGAGGAGGCUGUGUCCCAGGUUGACAAAAUGGUACGCAGAGCCACGGACUGCAAAGGAAAGCCUGAAACUCCAGGUGAGAGCUUCACUCCUGUCCUGACUCCCACAUCCCGUCCUGUCACACUGAUUGAGGACAGAGAUCCUGUCCCGGAGGAGCAGGAGCUGGAAGCCUAUGUGGAUGACUCCGAGUCAGAUGGAGAGGGCGGGGGGGGCGGGUUUGACUACCUGUCUCCAGAGGAGAGAGCGCGGCAGAAGAAGGAAGGCGAGGAAUCCAAGAGGGUCUUACUGGAGCUCAAAUCAGUGCUGGGGCUCCGAGCCUCCGAGAUGGAGAGGCAGAAGUGGAAACAGCUGCUGUUCAGCGAUCAAGCUAUUUUGAAGCCUAUAGUGCCUGCAGAGACUUUAGAGCCCGGUGGUACCCCCGAUUCACCCCUGGACACAGCCUCCCCUCCACAAGAGUACAGUCAGUAUAAUAAUGCCCCUAAAGGGGAGGGUGAUUGUAGCAGUGAGUUCACUGGCAGUGCUGCAGUCUGUCAGACAGAGUAUUGCUGUGCUCUGCCAGAGGGGGCGCAGAGUGAGGAGGACUCUACAGACAGGGAGACAUUGAACUCCCACAGGGCUGAGGGAAUGCUGCACUAUCAGUACAACGGCACGGAAGCAGAUGCUGAGAAUGAUGUAGCUGCUGCUGAAACCAGGCCCUCCCGGGACGAUUUGGGAGUUUUGCCAGCCACUGUCCACGAGAGGCUGAGUGGACUGCAUGGGUCUGCAGCCAUCGGUUUCAGCUCUGCUUUAGCUGCUCAGGCAGCGGCCAGAUCGUAUGCCUUCUCCAGCAUGCAGGAGCAGACCUUUGGAGAGGAUGAGGAUGAGGAUGGGGGGGAGGACGGAGGAAAACUGAGCAGUGACUCUGAGGAGUAGAGAAGAUGGAGCUCUCUUACUGGCACGCAUUCUUGGAAACUGUACAAAAGGAUAUUAAUUUUCAUAGAAAAUUAUUAUUUAUAGAAAUCCUGUAAAGAUAUAUCUGUUUAAUUGUGUGAUUUUUAAAACACAACUUUUAUUUUAACGACAGAAAAGUAUUGUCUUUUAUGGAUGAACAGAAUACGUAACCAGCUUUAAUAUUCUUGUACCUCAUUUCCACUGUCCAUAAUACUGUUCUGGAAAUCAUUCUUGAUUAGAACCCACUUUGUAACUGUCCUUCUUCCCCUCAGCAUGGGGGGUCCACAUUGGCUGUGCGGUUCAAAAGAUGAAUACCUCAUAAUGGGUCAAUAUGGCUCUGUCUUCCCACAAAUGCUCUUUGUACAUUUUUUUUGUUUUGUAGUGUGUCUGAGAUGGUAACAAACCACUGUGAGCUGUUUAAGAACGGUGCUUAACAAGAACUCAUUUGAGCAUGCUUCUGUUUGAGCUGGGCAACACUGGACAAUGGAAAUGUAGUAUUGAAGCACUGUACAUGGAGUAUAUCAACCCUCUGCCCUACCGUCCAGCAAACUGGGCAAGGUGCUGAAACUCACGGGAUUUUCUGAAUGAUAAAGAUUGCUUUUCUUGGUCUUAAUUGCCAGCUCAGUAUUUUGAUGGUGGGUGACAAGAGUGGACAGACAACUGAAGCAGAGACAUACCAUGCUGCUUUAAACAAGGAAACACACUUAAUCAGUGGUGGGGAUUGAUAUGCAGUGUCUGACCAGAGUAACAGCUGCUGAGGCCUUGCCUCUGUCAUUACAUAGUAGUGGUGUUUUGAGUAGAGCAGCGAAGAGUAUGCCAGGUAAUGUUGAAAAUACCGGUUGUGGUCUUGGGUAUGGUACCUGUACAUUUGAAUGUAUUUCUAAAAGCUAAACCGGGACAUGUGCUCUGAAGAUGGACUUGCACUUGGUCUUUAGGGCAGGUACGAAAAUACGUCUGUUUCUUUAACAACAUGAUUGUUUGGUGAUUUAUUUCAUGAAAAUGUGUGGGGUUUUUUUGGAAACUCAUCUGCUACAUAACUCUGUAGCCUUCUGUAAACCAAAUGCAGUGAUACUGCAUUCACGAUGUCCGAGCCAACAUCUGUUGAAUGGUUCACAAUUGCAUGCAGUUUUGUUGCAUUUGUUAUAUACAAAUGAUGAGAUGGAAGGAUUGUAUUCUAACAAAACAUUCUAUGCUAAAGGGCACCCUUGAUUGUGUUUUACCAGUCAUUUGCUCACCAAUACAUCUCACAAAAGGAAAAGGGGUUUUCAUUGAUGUAACAGAAAAUAGGCCAUUUAUUACACAUCAUGCUGUUUAAUUACAACACAAGGAUGAAAGGGUUUUGCUGUCAUAGUACUGGUAAAAUGAUACGCUGACAGCUGGUUUCACAAGCCUUGAUUAUCACUAAUCUUGGACUACCUUACCUAGAAUAACAUUAGGUAGUCCAAGACAGGGUUGGCUGAUUUAAAUCAAGUCGAUUUAAAUCACUUGAUUUAAAAAAAAAAAAUCCUUGAUUUAAAUCAUUUUUUCAUUUACUACCUAUUUUGUAUAGUUUCUCAAGGAAAAGACACAAAAAGUAUGUUUCAAAAACCUUAUUAACACAAACAUCUUAAACUCUUACUGUCUAUAAACUAAAACUCUUAGGGCUGUAUUCUGAUCGCAGCCGAAGUGCAAGUGCAAGCGCGAACAGCGUUUGCCCCCGAUUCUGUGGCGCAUAAAUGGAGUGAAGACGUAAAAAGAAAAAAUACUGCAAUGAAAUGGUAUUCUGAAGACUUGCCUUGCCCUGCCCUGUUAUAGACCGCCUGCCCCAUCAUUAACAUAUUUGCCUAAGUGAUUCUGAUGACAGGGCAAUGGGGUCACAAAUAAACAACUCAGCACUGUGUUAAGACCUGCUGAAACCAGGUUUAUUUAGUGGUGCAAUCAGGAACUUUAACAAUUGAACACGCUAUAAAAAGCAAAACAGUCCUAAGUAACAACUGCGUGUGUUUGGACUGACACAGAAAGAGGAAAUCAAAGAAAGAAAAGUAAAAGAAAAGAAUGACUGGUAUGAGUCGGGUAUUUGUCUCUGGCGUUCGCCAUCGCUAAAUUCUUGUAGUUCACAUUCAGAGGAUGCGACAAUGAUAAAUAAUUUCAUUUGAGAUUGAGUGAUUUAGUUUGAUAUGUAACUAUUCACAAACCACCAUUUCCAACAUCCUUAAAUUUACAGUUUGGAGGGACGGUAGAGCUACAACUACGGUACAACAACAAAAAAUCCAUAAUUACAAAGAAAAAAGAAAAAAACAUAAAAAUCAAUUUCAAUAAAAAAAAAUCUGAUUUAAAUCAAAUAAAUCAGAUUUUUCUGAUUUAAAAAAAAAAGAAAAUUGCCAACCCUGUUCCAAGAGUAGUUCUAAUCGGGGUCUGUGAAACCAGCCCUAAAACUAAUACAGUAGUCCCACGUGUCCGCCCGUUAUAUAUCCACCAUGAUCAGCCUUCAGCAACGUUAGUUUAUUAUUGAACAGAGAAGAUUAGUUCAGCGAUUGUAGAUCCUACCAAAGUGUUCGUACCCUGUGUUGUAUGUGAUCCGUGCGCUGUCAUUGCUGGUAAUGUCACGUGAGCUGUUCUGGGUGUUGAUAUGUAAAUAAAUCCUGUUCGCCUGCGGGUCGUAUCAGCUUCAACCUCCGUCUCACUCUCCUGCCUGUCACUCAGCAGCAAAUGCACGCACCCACACAGCAGACGACUACCCUGUCACAAGCAUUAAUACCCUGUAUCUUUCUAAACAAGGGAUUUAGGGGAGCUCCCUAAUAAAAGCUGAAUCUCAAAACAAUAAUUGUGUGAAUAUAGUAAUUGUUACAGCUGUGUACAAUGGGAUUUAAAACAGGAUUCAUUUAUCCGCCCUUACUCUGGUCCCACCGCAGUCGGAUACGCGACAGAUUACUGUAUUUGUAAUCUAAUGUAAACCAAAAACAUGGUACAAGGCCCUGUAUCAAAAAUGACAAUUACCAUCACCAAAGUUGUGAUAUUUUGUUGAUAAUAUAUAGAUUUCCCAAAAAUAUUGUUUGUUUGAUUUUUCUGUCUACAGCUUAGAUAAAACAGCACACACAACUUAUAUUUUACAAAUAGUUUUACCUUUUACAAAAAUAAAAACAUCACAUUUUGUUCACUCCAAAUACAUCUUUUAGCAAGACUGUAUAAUUUGUGAAAAAAAUAACAAUUUUACAUAUUAGAUUUGUAUGAUGAAAUUGACCUUUUAUUAAAAAUGUUUUUUUGUGUAAACCUCCUGUGUAAUCUAAGAGCCCUCCUUACUGUUGUUGCUUUGUAAUAUCUUUGUAUGAAGGAUGUUGACGAGGCACAUGUACUGUGUGGAUUGCACUUAGUUACAACAAACCAUUGACUCUGAUCUGUUAUCCGAUAUUUUAAAUAAAUAUUCCUGUAUUGA